UCUAACAAAUCGUAAGACCGCCAUGUGAUGUUGAUAAAUACUUGAUACGUAUCAGUGACGUCUGUACAACCAGCAGUUCUCUUGUCUCCGAUGUCAUAAAUCUAUUUUCGGCACAAUGAUAUACGAUAACAAAUUAUUGCCAAGGCACCCCGUAGUUGUAAACGUACCGCAGCAGAUUCCCGGUGUUCGAUUCAGUGCAUAUGCAGGGGAAGAGUCGUCUGUGGUAACAUUCUCCGGCGAACCGGUGUAAAAUCAGUCAACUCACACUGAAUUACCUCGUAUAUGAUUUUCUACAUUCGACUCCGACACUGAACGUGGUUCCAUCUCUUCUAAUUUGCCUUGCCUCCGUGUUUGAAGAAAUCUAUUCAACGAAGCCCAACAUCACUUCUGACGUGUUGUACGUCCCUCUGGAAGCAUAGCCCAGGUGCUGGACAGCCUACCCAAUAUCGCUGUAUCGAACGGAUUUUCCCUACGCUAUUAUUAAAUCCAAGAUGGCUGCCGCAGCCUCGCCGGCGGUGAUAGCGCGUAUUUUGAAGAGGAAGGAGCAAGAAAAGAAACAAAAGCAGCACCAACACCACCAUCAUCACCAUCGUCACAGCAAGCGACGGGGAAGUCACCAAGGGUCCAACCGGACACCUUCUCCUGCGACAAGUCCUAAGGGGAGCCCAUCGACAAGUCCAACGAGUCAUUUCCCCGUCAGUCCUCGGCGCGGCUCGCACCCAUCGCCGAGAAUCAGUCCCAAACAUCCCCGGCCCAGACGUGGUUCGUCGCCCAACCCCGUGGGCAGUGCGUCCCUCCCCAGCCUGCCGAGUUCGCACACAAACAAUCUGCUCACGCCGUCGCAGUCUCAUUCUCCGGCCGGCAGCCCUGUCGAGCAACAUGACAGAACCAUCACUGAUCUGACCUUUGUCUUCGGCAAGAAUGGUAGUGCACACCACAAGGGAAGUAACCACAGUCGAGACGCCUCACCAAAGGUCUCUCCAGGCGCCUCGCCAAAGUCUUCACCCAAGAAGAGUCACGCGAAGAGUAACGGGUCGGAGGAGCAGGCUAACGCCCACGUUGUCAUAGUCGGUGGAGGGUACGCAGGUAUAGCGAUCGCACGGAAAUUACAAGGCAAAAUCAACUUUACUCUAAUCGACCCAAAGGAAUGCUUUCACCACCACAUCGGCGCACUGAGGUCUGCCGUUAGAACAGAUUUUGCCAAGAAGACCUUCAUUCCGUAUGACGCUACGUUCGGGAAGCGGUUUAAACAAGGCCGUGUGAAGGACGUGAACACGUCUGACAGGACUAUCAUCCUGGAAACAGGAGAGACCAUAAGUUACACCCAUCUGGUUAUCGCUACCGGAUGUACGGGUCCGUUUCCUGGACGAGUCGAUGACACCAUCACGACUGAUGAGGCCAUCAGCAGGUACAACAAUCUGGCGGAACAGAUUGAGACUGCUGACAAAAUAGUGAUAGUUGGCGGAGGAGUAGCGGGAAUAGAACUUACGGGAGAAAUUCUGUCCGCCCACAAAAAUAAGAACGUCACACUGAUCCACGCUCACCAGCAUCUCAUCAACGACGACGUUCUACCGGGCAUGCGCACAAAGCUACACGAGAAACUAGCUAGAUAUGGCGUCACGUUUAUUCUAGAUGAAAGAGUAAAGAAUCUUGAGGAAGUUGCUACAAAUGUCUCGAAGCCCACAACAGUCAAAACAGACGCCGGGACUGAAGUCAGUGCAGACCUGGUUAUACGGUGUACGGGCGUCAAACCCAACACGGCAGUAUUCACUAACAACUUAGGCGGCAAACUAGAUGACUCAGGUCGGCUGAAAGUUAACGAGUUGUUUGAAGUGGACGGCCUUGAGCACGUGUAUGCCAUCGGGGAAUGUAACGAUGUGGCCGAGGUGAAGAUGCCGAGGCACAGCACCGCACAGGGGGAACUUCUGGCGGAGAACAUCGUCAGGAAAUUGGACAACAAGGAGAUGAAACCGCAUACUCAUGGUCAGCUAAUGAUGGAGAUAUCCCUGGGUCCAAAUGCUGGCGUCAGUCAAGUCAAAGGUCUCAUCCUCGGUAGUUUUCUUACCAAAUACCGCAAGAGCAAGGAUCUCUUCGUGCACCGCUUUUGGAAAAAGGUUAUGAAACAGGAAGUGCCUCACUGA